AUGUUACUUGGACCUCUGGUAGAGUUUUACGGUGUGACUCAAGGAAAAAUCUGUUGGCUAGGAGAAGAUGAGGACCCCAAGAAAGCUAUCUUCUGGUUUACGGCGGCCAAGGAAUCGUGUCGUCGCCAUGGAUGUUACCUUAUCGGUUUGAUGCACUUUUCAGAUGAUCAAGAUUACUAUGUCGCAAUGCAAUGCUUUGAAAAAGCAGCCAAUGCUGGACACCCGGAUGCCUUGGCGAUGUUGGCAGUUAUUUUUAGGGAUGGAGUCUUGGUGGAUAAGAACUUUAAGAAGGCCUUAAACUACGCAGAACGUUCAUUGGAAAUGAAUCAAUCGGCGGGCAUGUACCUUAUUAUGGGAUGUAUUUACGACUCUGGAGGUUAUGGCAUCAAACAGGACUGUAAACGAGCCUUUAACAUGUAUACGAAAGCAGCGGAGAAAAAAGAUGGGUUGGCGGCUUGCAUACUGGGAGUCUAUUACAUGGUAGGACACAAACACAUAAGACGUGAUGACAGAAAGGCGUUCGAAUGGUUUCAAAAGUCUGCCAAAUACGGAUAUGGUGACGGUCAGUUUUUACUUAGCUUGUAUUAUCUGAGAGGUACCUUUGUCAGACGAGAUGUUGAAUACGCGAAAAGAUUGCAAAGAGAAGCUCUCAUGAAUGGAUCCGAGAUUGCUGCAGAGCACAUCCUAGGUGUGGAUUUAUUAAACAUGUUUAUGGCCAUGCAAUUUUUAUCCUUGGAAUAA